AUGCACAGUCCUCCCGCCGAGACCCCCGAAGCUGGGCCGACCGAUGCAGCCUCAGCAAGCAUAGCGCGCCGCCGCAAGUUCACCAUCCAGAGCAGCUUUGGCCAGGCUCGCGAACGCAGGAGUCGAAAGAAUCGCCCCUGUGAUGCAUGCCGCCGCCGUAAGACGGCUUGCGUCAUCACCGAUCAGCCACCAUACUCGAUCCGGCUUGCUCGCCCCGAUCUCUUCCCCAACGGCGCCUCGCGCCCACCUGUGACGUCGUGGCCUACGCCCUCACAAGACAGUCCUAGCUCCUCUCACCAUACCUUCUCUCCGGCCAACGGCCACUCACACCUGUCCUCAGUUCGGACCCCAACUCAAGGCAGCCCCCAUUCUUCCUCCUCAAAAGUGACACUUCCUCCCCCUUUCAGUGACAAGGAUCGCGCCAGUGCAGUCACGCUCCCUCCUCCUAGCACUAUCGCUACAUUUACCAAGGGCAGCACCGAGGGCAUGGGGAUAUGGCCUACCAAUGGCCCAGGGCGCAUUCAUACCCUCGAAGACAAUGUGAACAAGACUGCCAACUAUAUGGGACCUGCCGCAGAACAAGACACUCACAUCCUUGACUCCUUCCGCUACAUGAUCGUCAGUGAGAUCGACGAGAUCGACGCCGACUACCUACAAGUUUACCCAGGCAGUUCACGGUCAAGCGACCCCCCGGUUCAUUUUUUGCUACUAGAAAAUGAAGUGCCCGAGUAUACCAACCGCCCAAAACGAGAGGCUUCUCUCGCUAUUGAGUCGAGAGUCUAUCCAUAUGGGCCCAAUCUCGUCCGACUAUACUUUAAAUACGUUCACCCGGUGUACCCUGUUGUCUCCAAGGUGCGCUUCCUCCGUCUCUACAAUUCCGCCAAAGAAAAGAUUCCGGCAUCGCUUCGUGGCGCCGUUUACGCAUUAGCCACAGUGUUCUGGAACAGAGAUCCAUCGCUGAAGGGCCCUUGUCCCUGGGAGCAGCACGAGCUGCAUUCGCAAGCACAGAGCUCUCUACGUUGUGAGCUCGAGAACCCAAAUCUAGCCAACUUGCAGGCAUGUCUGCUUUUGAUUCACAUGGCCCCGCCUUGGACCGACACGGUGGAAACCCCCAGUAUCUGGAUCCUCGCUGCCCAAGCAGUCUCCAACGCGCAGAUGAGUGGCCUGCACCAAGACCCUGGAAACUGGAACAUAGAGCCGUGGGAGAAGAGGCUUCGCAAGAAGCUGUGGUGGGCUAUCUACAUGACUGAUUGCUGGACCUCGAUCUGUCAUGGUAACCCGCCUCAUAUAUAUCGUGAAUCCUUCAACACGACGCCACCUGACAUUGAAGACGUUCGCUUUGAUGAAGAUGUGCCCGAAGAUUUGAAGCACAUGGUUGAUCCAGAUUCCUCGGUAUUUCAUGUAGCUGUUGGUCAUCGGUUCUUGGAGAUGGUUCGCAUAACAAGGAUUGUACGCGACAUUAUCGACUGCAGCUUGUGA